AAAACACUUGUUGCUUGCAUUGUUUAAAUAAUUUAAACGCAAUUUAAAUAUUAAAUUGCGUGCCGCUGCGUAUCCACAACGUGUCGUGUAUUCAAAAUGAGCAGUGAGAAAGUGAAAAACGGCAAUGGCAUCGAGCACGAAGACAGUGACGACUCGUGCGGCGAUGAGUCAGCGAGUUUUACAACAAAUAGCACCACAUCGCGCAGUAAAUCGCCUUCGAGCUCACGUAGCAAGCGUCGUGGACGCCGAAAUCCCAAAUCGAAGCCCAAAAGUGGUGCUGCUUAUAAAUACGACACACACGUAAGGGAAAACCAUGGCGCCAACAUAUUUGGUGUAGCUUUCAACACACUGUUGGGCAAGAACGAACCACAGGUGUUUGCAACGGCUGGCAGCAAUCGUUGUACGGUCUACGAGUGUCCGCGCAAAGGCGGCAUCACGCUGCUUCAUUGUUAUGCCGAUCCAGAUCCCGACGAAGUGUUCUACACUUGUUCCUGGUCCUAUGACCUAAAGACGGCGGCGCCAUUGCUUGCCGCCGCAGGUUAUCGUGGCGUCAUUCGUGUCAUUGAUAUAAAACAGAAUGAGGCAGUGGGAAAUUAUAUUGGGCAUGGCCAGGCCAUUAAUGAACUAAAGUUCCAUCCGACCAAGCUGCAGCUGUUACUCUCGGGCAGCAAGGAUCAUGCUAUACGCCUUUGGAACAUACAAACGCAUGUCUGCAUUGCCAUCUUUGGUGGCGUCGAAGGCCAUCGUGACGAGGUGCUAUCCGUUGACUUUAACAUGCGUGGCGAUCGUAUCGUGUCCAGUGGAAUGGAUCAUUCAUUGAAGCUGUGGUGUCUGAACACGCCCGAAUUCCACCAUAAGAUUGAACUCUCGCAUACAUUCAGCCAGGAGAAAUCAACAUUACCAUUUCCCACAAUCACCAAACAUUUUCCGGACUUCUCGACGCGGGACAUACAUCGCAAUUAUGUAGACUGCGUGCAAUGGUUCGGAAAUUUUGUGCUCUCAAAGUCCUGCGAGAAUGCCAUUGUCUGCUGGAAGCCUGGCCAGCUGCAUCAGAGCUUUGAAAACUUAAAGCCCAGUGAUUCUUCAUGCACCAUUAUUGCGGAGUUCGAGUACGACGAGUGUGAGAUUUGGUUUGUGCGUUUUGGUUUCAAUCCUUGGCAAAAGAUUAUCGCGCUGGGUAAUCAACAAGGCAAGGUGUAUGUGUGGGAGAUGGAUCCCAGCGAUCCGGAGGGCGCACAUAUGACCACCCUGCAUAAUCCACGUAGUGUCUCCACCGUGCGUCAGAUUGCGUUCUCACGCGACGCCAAUGUUCUUAUUUAUGUCUGCGAUGAUGCCACUGUGUGGCGUUGGAAUCGCAGACAAGCCGUUGCCAUCUAAACACAACUCUAGAGUCCCAUUUUCAUCACAUUGUGCCGUAAUUAUAUGAAGUACUCUCUCAUGGACAAACAAACAUGCCUCGUUUGCGAAAAACGAAAUGAUUUGUCGAAUUCAGUGUAUUCCACGUUCAGCACGCCUGGCACUGAAUUGGCAAGAUUUUCGUUUUGCGAAUAUGUUGGCACGGUUGUAUUGUGCGAUUUUAAAAAGAAUUAGAUUUCAAAGGCCUACAAUUAAAUAUAUCUAAACCUAUAACAGGUUUAUUUAUCUAGCAUUGUUAUAAUGCUAUGACGUGAAAAUGAUUACAUUAGUAAUUAAGUUUAUCACAAACAAGUGAAUUUAAUUGACUAACUAAUGUAUUACUAUUAAUAUCGCUUUAGUUCACAUGUUGUUAUGAAAAUGGGAUUUUAAUCCACACCUAUUUUAGCUCAACACAGCAACCACAACCAAAUCUCACGUGGCCAAAUAACAUAGCAUCUGAUUUGCAUUCAUAAAGCCUAGUUCCUAGUUAUUAGUACACGUCAACAAUUAAAGUUAUCAACAUAAAUCACAACA